CACAUACAGGAAGGAAAUUUCUCAUUUUUACUGGUCAUACAAUUGAUUAUGCCGGAAGUUUGAGCCCAACACAGUUCAGUUUGCUCGUCAGGGUGACAAAUGACAAGGCCCCGGUUCUGAGCACGCAAGAAAACAACACUGUCGCUUUAAAUCAGACAGCAUCUGGCAGGAUGAGAGUGGGGGAAGUGUCAAAUGGUACCCGAAUGCGACGUCACAACGCAGCCAAUCCCAGGCCGGGCCUGCCGCCUCUCCUCCUCUGCUGCUCGGACGAGCGUGUUGUGCGCGGGUUGAUGCUGAUGCUGCUCGGCCUCAUCGCUUAAGGCCAUCAUGUUCCGUCACAGAGGCCGACAGCUCAAAGUCACUGGGGGAAGAACCGCGAUGAGCCCCGUGACGCCUACCAGAGGCGUGUCCUGCUCUUCAUGAGACCAGGAAACAAAGGCCCAAGUGGACCUUGACAAGGUGAGGAUGGCCAAGCGCGAUUACUUGGUGGAAGCAGCCAAGCAGAUUCGCAUGGCGCUGGACAGUGAGGUCAACGAGGACUAUGAAGCAUCUUUCAGUUAUUAUAAGAACGGCGUGGAUUUACUGCUCAAUGGCGUCCAGUUGGACCCAAACAAGGAGCGUCGGGAAGCUGUGAAGAGGAAGACGACCCAGUAUUUGAAGAGAGCCGAGGAAAUCUUCAUAACGCACCUGCAGGACAACCUCAGCAAAGGCAGCUCUCAUUUAGGGGGCUACAGCAGUCUGAGAUUCCGUCCGGUGAGACAUUUGAGUUCUCCUGUGGAAGAUCUGGAGAUGUGUAAGGUGGUGGGCGUGAGCGACAAGGUGCUAGUUGUCCAAAGCAUGGUUAAUAAAGAGACGUUUGUAGUCAAGAGUCUGAUGAAAUCCAGCUGGGAGAGCAGAGAGCAGCCGACAAUCAUUCCUCAGGGAGUGCCGUACAUGGUGAAGCUGCUGAGGUAUUACGUCAGCGAGGACACGGUUUACCUCCAUCUUGAACACAUCAAAGGUGGGAGGCUCUUUUCCAAACUUCACAAGCUGAGGAAAGAGCGCGCCAAGGAACACCCAGAAUGCAUCACACCUGGCCAGCACAACAUCAAGAUGAAGAGCAGCCACACCUCACCUGCGAUCUGCACGGAUUACCAGCGCAGCGUCAGCGAGGAAGGCGACCCUCCGAAAGUCAGUGACCGGAGCCCGGAUGUGGACGACCGGCGGUCCUGGGACGAGACCCAGCGGCGUCUGGACAGUUGCGGGACUCACUCCUAUAUCGAGGAGACGGGCUGCUUGCAGAACUCCCGCUCGGUGGCGUCGCACGCCGAGCUCGACCGUGCGACUUUGCUUUCGGGACCCGCAAGAACGCAGGUCGGCGCUCGCAUUCAUCCACCAGCUCCUACUUUGUGUUUGCACUCCUCUCAAACUCAGGACAAGCCCGCUCUUCCUCUGUCUUGCGCUCGCAUCAGUCAAGCUCUGGACGCCAUGUUAGAACUCGAUGAGAGCAAAGCUGGGACUGGACUAAUAGAGUGCAGCUCUGCCUUUGAAGUGGCUUGGAAGGCUGCAGAUCCGGCACUCAAAGGUGAUCAAACCAACGCCUAUGCAGUUACUACUGACAGCGACUUGAACACGGCACCUCAUCCAAAACUCACCUCGUGUAUAAAAAUGGGAUUUACAAACACUAGAAGUCAUAUUUUAAGUUCCUCUCCAGCCAUUUUGCAUCUUCCUCUGCAUUGCCAAACACAAGUUCACGGAAGGGCCUCUUGGGUCGCCCCUGGCUAUCGCCAGGAAUCGGUUGUAAGUGCAGCAGACGAGGUUACAAAGUCGGGCGCCAAGCAUUCCAGCAGCAGUCCCGCCUCGGAGGAGCGAAAUGGACUGGUGGUCCUUAAGAGCACGGACCAAGCUGUGUUCUCAGAACACCGGGAAGCACGGACAGGCUCGGGAAGCUCCUGGCCUUUAUCCGCGAGGGAUGACGUGAGAGACGGUGUAGAAGAAGCCUGUGAGCUUCUCACUCCAGAAAAUGUAGCCCCGACCACGGACGGACCCUUUUCCAGCUGGUACUCGCCUCGCCUCGUCGGAGCCCCGAAGAAGACUGAGGACUCGCCAGUGAGGACGGCCGACCGAGGAGAUGACCAGAUCAUUGAGGUGGAUGGAUGGUGCCACGUAACCCGUGCGGCGCUCAAACCCUCGGACAAAUCCGGCUGCCAGACCUGCUGGGGGCUCCCCGAAUCCGAAGUGCGUGUGUGGGGGGCCCAGAUCCUGCUGGCCCUUGAGAGCCUUCAUCAGCAGGGCAUCUUAUGUCGUGACCUCAACCCCAAAAACGUUCUGCUCACCAGCAACGGAAAGGUCUGCUUGACUUUUUUUGGACAAUGGAGUGAGGUUCAGUCGGAAAUCAACUGCGAUGCCGUGGAACACAUGUACUGCGCCCCAGAAAUUGGUGGAGUGUCCAGAGCUACAGAAGCUUGUGAUUGGUGGAGUCUGGGGGCCCUGCUCUUUGAACUUCUCACAGGAAUUCCGCUAUGGCAGCUCCACCCGACGGGCAUCACGUCCCACACUCAGCUGCUCAUCCCGGACCACCUGAGCACCGCGGCUGCAUCCCUGCUUUCUGAGUUGCUGCAGUUUGACGCCGGCUAUCGCCUGGGGUGCGGCGGUGGAGGUGUGAGCGACAUCAAGUGUCAUCCCUUCUUCAGCAGCGUCUCCUGGAAGGCUCUGAGCUGCUAACCCCGGUUAGGGGCAGACGCCGCUGAAACCGAGGCUUCUGUGAUGCACUAGAAGUGAAGAACAGACGUUGUGCCCGCCCCCCCACAAAACAGAAAGACUACCAACAUUAAUUUCCAUCAACAGCAUAUUCACAAAAUGGUUACAUUUUUAUAUAUUCAUGACUUUUUAAAAAAUAUUCAUGCUUAUCUACCAUUACCACCAUGCAUAUGACAUUGGUUAAUGUCGGGCAAUUUUUUAGACCACCUGUCAUGAAAAUAAGACAUUUCACACUCAACAGGAUCAUCAUAUCACCAGUCUCUGUCAAGAACAACUGGUAGUUGAAAAAAAAAAAAAGUUAUCAAAAAUAUAUCUGAAAUUAUUCUUAAUAGUGAGAAUCAAACAAAUCCCACUACAUUCAUUCACAAACUGAAAACGAAAACAACAAAAAAAAACUUUUGGUAGGAUCAAAGUAUUCAUAGUGCUGAUAAAAGGUGCAUGUACAUUUCAAACUGGAAAUUAUAUGGAAACAUGGUGGCAGUUUCCAUUUAUAUAGUACAUAACCAACUACUGUACUAUGUAUUUUACUUCAGUAACAGAUUCAACUGCAACUUUCCAUUCAACAGGGAUGAGAAUUACCAAUUUGGAAAAACAGUGAAAAUGUCUGCCUUUGGGGGGGGGGGGGGUUCAAAGGGGGGUGUGCCCCCCUUUGGGCACUAAUUUAUUUAUAAAACACACUGUUAAAUGAUGACCUCUGGUUACUUCUAACAGUGUAAAUACAGGGCAAUCAUAAUAUUUUUGAAAAUGUAAAAUAUGAGUCCAAGCAACCAAAAUAAUUUUGCUAAAUUUCAGACAUAAAAAUGUAGACUGAGUGAUAAAUCAAAUGGGCUACUGCACUUACAAGUUAUGCUUCAGAAAUAAGUACACAGUGUUUAUAUAAGAGAGAGAUCAUGAAAUAUAAAAGUGAGGGAUAAAAUGCGCGAUCUACAGGGCCAGUGCUACAGAUAGGCCUAAUCGCUUCAAGAGUUGCCAAUUAUAUAAUAUUUGAGAAAUUUACAUCCAACUUACCUUUGUGUUUCCUGGUUUGGAUAUGCUCCUGGAUAUUUUUUGCUCCUAUCAGAACACAGAGUGCACAGGACUUUGCCGGGAACGUCCACUUUUUGUAUGUUUUCGUUUAGACAUGUUGAUACAGUUUUCGUUCCUAUCUGCACGGUUACACUUUUUUCAAACUGUACCCAUCUGAAAGUUUUUUUACGCCGUGGUUUUUAUCACCUUCCCAUUUUUUCGCUCCAAGACUUUCGCCAUACCGGCAAACGUGCAGACCGCUCGAUAACAUGUGUACGUAUGUUUGUAAGUUAUAACUAGGCUGUAGUAAACAGAAUACUUCUCUAUGAAAUGUUAACAUCAGAGUGAAAAUACUGACGUAAUACCGCCAAAAUGCUACAGGAAAUCGGAAUGUUGUCAUUAUGAAUAUCGAUUUUAAUGCAAGGAGAGCAAUGCAAAGCAGUUUUCCGCUAUCACAGCUGACUAAUUUCACGACAAAUAUUGCCCAUACAUGCUAGCGGGGGGUCUGGAUCACAGCCUCGCCCCUCGUCAAGCCGUA